AUGGCCGCCGCUCCUCCCAACACCAUCUACCCUAACAGCCAUGUCGGUUUCGACAGCAUCACUUCGCAAAUUGAGCGCAAGCUCUUGAAGCGUGGUUUCCAGUUCAAUGUCAUCUGUGUUGGUCAAACCGGUCUCGGAAAAUCGACUCUCAUCAACACUAUCUUCGCGUCGCACCUGAUCGACUCGAAGGGUCGCCUGCAGCCAGACGAGCCUGUCCGCUCCACCACCGAGAUCCAAGCUGUGUCACACAUCAUCGAGGAGAAUGGCGUCCGCCUGCGCUUGAACAUCGUCGACACUCCUGGGUAUGGCGAUCUCGUUAACAACGACAGGUGCUGGGAUCCCAUCGUCAAGUACAUCAAGGAUCAGCACUCGGCGUACUUGCGAAAGGAGCUUACAGCUCAACGAGAGCGCUACAUUCAGGACACGCGUAUUCACGCGUGUCUCUUCUUCAUCCAACCAUCGGGUCACUCCUUGAAGCCAAUCGAUAUCGUCGUGCUCAAGAAGCUUUCGGAUGUUGUCAAUGUCGUGCCUGUCAUUGCCAAGGCCGAUACUCUGACCGUUGAGGAGCGCCUCGAGUUCAAGGAGCGCAUCAAGGAGGAGUUUGCCUUCCACAACCUCAAGAUGUUCCCGUACGAUAAUGAGGAGUUUGACGACGAGGAACGUGCCUUGAACGGAAAGAUCAAGAGCCUUGUUCCCUUUGCUGUCGUAGGAUCUGAGAAGAACAUCAUCGUCGAUGGCAAGCAGGUUCGCGGUCGUCAAAACCGCUGGGGCGUGAUCAACGUGGAGGAUGAGAAGCACUGCGAGUUCAUCUACCUCAGAGACUUCCUUCUCCGUACUCACCUGCAGGAUCUCAUCGAGACCACGUCGCAAACCCAUUACGAGACUUUCCGCGCCAAGCAACUCCUGGCACUCAAGGAAAGCAGUGCUCACGGAACUGGUGGCGGCAGCCGUCCCAUCAGUCCCUCAGCCGACCGCGAGUUGAGCCGCAGCUCCCAACGCAUGACCAUGAACGGUUACUAA